CCCUUUUACAAUCAGAGCACCCCCAAGCAGUAGCAGAGAGACAACCAUGGUCCCUUUCAAGACUAAAAUUGCUUCCAAUUCAACUAGCCGGCUUUUUCUUGUACCUCACUCUCAAACGUAUAAAUACCCCAGUUUCGUCUUCCAUUUAUUAUCAGACCAGGACAACUACAACUCCAACAAGUUGAACUUACUUUCAAGAUUGCAAGAUUAGUUACAUGGCUGACCAAGCUUCCACACUUCCUCUUCUUACUCCCCACAAGUUGGGAAAGUUUGAUCUUUCUCAUAGAGUUGUCUUAGCCCCAUUGACCAGACAGAGAUCAUAUGGAAAUGUUCCCCAGCCACAUGCCAUCUUAUAUUACUCUCAGAGAACAUCCAAUGGGGGUUUUCUAUUAACUGAAGCCACUGGAGUUUCUGACACAGCACAAGGGUAUCCAGAUACUCCUGGUAUAUGGACAAAGGAGCAAGUUGAAGCAUGGAAACCCAUUGUGAAUACUGUGCAUGCUAAAGGGGGUGUCUUCUUCUGUCAAAUUUGGCACGCGGGCAGGGUUUCAAAAAGUGGCUUUCAGCCAAAUGGGCAAGCUCCAAUAUCUUCAACUGACAAGCCCUUAACCCCCCAAAUACAAUCUAAUGGCAUCGAUGUUGCACAAUUCACUCCUCCAAGACGACUGAUGACGGAUGAGAUUCCUCAAAUUGUCAAUGAUUUUAGACUUGCAGCAAGGAAUGCUAUGGAAGCUGGCUUUGAUGGGGUUGAAAUUCAUGGCGCCCAUGGCUACCUAAUCGAUCAAUUUUUGAAAGAUGAAGUAAAUGAUCGAACAGACCAAUAUGGUGGAUCUCUAGAAAACCGUUGCCGAUUUGCACUAGACAUUGUUGAAGCUAUUGCUAAUGAGAUAGGAGCAGAUAAAGUUGGAAUUAGAUUUUCUCCAUUUGCAGACUUUAUGGAAUCUGGAGAUUCUAGUCCAAAGGAAUUGGGACUCUAUCUAGCCAAUGCCCUGAAUAAAUAUGGAAUCCUGUACUGCCACAUGGUUGAGCCAAGAAUGAAGAAAUUUGGAAAAACGAUUGAAGGUCCCGACAGUCUUGUACCCAUGAGAAAGGCUUUUAAUGGUACCUUCAUUGCAGCUGGUGGUUAUGACAGGGAAGAUGGGAACAAUGCUGUGGCUGAGGGCCAUGCAGAUCUUGUUGCUUUUGGUCGUUGGUUCUUGGCUAAUCCAGAUUUACCAAAGAGAUUUGAGCUUAAUGCUCCACUAAACAAGUAUGACAGAAGUACUUUCUACACUUCUGAUGCAGUUGUUGGUUACACUGAUUAUCCAUUUCUUGACAGCACUGACUGAUGUCAAUUGAGUAUGGAAGCUUGAACUCUCUUUACAUUUUAUUCUUGCAUUGGUCUCCUUUUAAGUUUUUUAGUUACUUAUCUUUAUCGGUAUCUACACUUAAGAUGCCAAGUUGCAGAGGCUGGUUAACCAGACUUUAGAAUUCUCAAUUGGUAUGUGUAUAUUGAAAGUUGUGGUGUUUAGCAAGUGUGGUGUAAAGUGUCUCUAUGGUCUCUCUUGGCUAUGUUAAGAUGCAAACUGAAUGUAGCCUUGUACAAGAUGUAUUCAAUAAACCUUUCCUCUCAUUUGA